AAAGAAUUAGUAUUUGAACAACUCAAGAGGAAGUUACAAGAAAACCAGACGAAGAAGAAGAAGAAAAAUAAAAAGGGCCAGGGGAAGAAGUUGGAAGAUGCCACAAAUAUUAGUGAUGAUGUCAAACUAUUGUGCACAAGUGGGGUCACUCUCCAGAAUCUCCUUGGGAUUGGUGAUGUUGAAUUUCACCAAAGCAUUAUUCUUUGGCAUAUUGCGACGGAUCUCUGCCACUAUAAUGAUCAGAUUGACACCAACUCAGCUCCACCUCAACCUGACAUGUUCAAGUGCUUAUCAGAUAAUAUGUUUCAACUUUGGCAUAUUGCUACACAUCUCUGCCACAACAAUGGUCGGUCUCCACCUCGACCUUCACAUCCAAUUCAACUUCCACUUCAAGCACCUUCACCUCCACCUUUAACUUCACCACCUCCACCUCCACCUCUACCUCCUGCACCUUCACCUUCACCUUCAUCUACACCUCCAUCUCCAUCUCCAACUCCACCUUCACCUGCACCUCCACCUCCACCCCCACUUCCACUUCAAGUACCUUCACUACCUCCACUUCCUGUUCCUCCACUUCAAGGACCUUCACCUCCACCUUUACCUUCACCACCUUCACCUUCAUCUACACUUCCACCUUCAUCUACACCUGCACCUGCACCUGCACCUGCACCUGCACCUGCACCUGCACCUGCACCUGCACCUGCACCUCCACCCCCACUUCCACUUCAAGUACCUUCACUACCUCCACUUCCUGUUCCUCCACCUCCACCUUCACCUCCACCUUUACCUUCACCACCUCCACCUCCUGCACCUUCACCUUCACCUACACCUCCACCUCCUUCUCCACCUGAGCCUGCAACUCCACCUCCACCUCCACCUGCAUCUCCACCUCAAGCACCUUUAACUUCACCACCUCUACCUCCUGCACCUCCACCUCAACUUUCACUUCAAUUACCUUCCCCUUCACCUGCACCUCCACCCCCAUUUCCACUUCAAGUACCUUCACUACCUCCACCUCCAACUCCACCUUUACCCCAACCUGCAUCUCCACCUCAAGCACCUUCACCACCUACACUUCCUGCAUUUCCUCCUCAACUUCCACUUCAAGUACCUUCACCUUCACCUUUACCUCCUGCACCUUCACCUACACCUCCACCUCCACCUCCAACUCCACUUCCUCUUCAAGCACCUUCACCUCCACCUUUGCCUUCACCACCUUCACCACCUCACCACCUUCACCACCUUCACCACCUCCACCUUCUGCAUCUUCACCUGCACUUGCAUUUCCACCUUCAGCCCCGACACCUUCACCAUCUCCACCACCUCCACCUCCUGCAUCUUCUCCUGCACUUGCAUUUCCAUCCUCAGCCCCGACACCUUCACCCCCUACACCUUCACUUACACUUGCUUCUCCACCUCCACCACCACCUUCAGCCCUGGCACAUUCACCUCUUGCACCUUCACCUGCACUUGCAUCUCCACCUCCACUGCCACCUUUAGCCCCGGCACCUUCACCUGUACUCUCAUCUCCACCUCCACCGCCACCUUCAUCUUCACCUUGUACAGAAUCGAAGCGCAACGUGUGCAAGCUUUUAUCUAAUUAUAUGUUGCAUCUUCUUCUUACACAUCCUUUCAUGU